CUUACCGCAUUCUAACGCUGACAUAAACUGAGUGUGUAUCCAAGACCUAUGAAGCAAAUCAUUCUAUUACCCUGCACAUGGAUAAUUUAAAAGGCUGGAUUCUGAGUUUAAUUUCUAACUGUUUUUGCAUCCUUGGGGCUAGCGGAGUUUGGAUCGAUGUUAUUGCAAAUAAAUUACUCGGUCGCCCAGCGAUCGACCUCGUGAACAGUGAGCGCUCUUUGGUAACAGCACUUGCUACCAGUGCUGGAAUAUUAUUGUUCAGUUCUUGGUCAAGUGUUAUGGAAGAAUCGUUACAUUUCUUCUUAGACGUUCCUAUGAUUGAUAUGUUCCUAGCGAGAAUCUUCCAGCUUACUUCUUUCUUCUUUGGAAGCGUAUUUUUUUUUGGAUUUACUCACUUUCUCCACAAAUGGCUUCGUAAAACUAAUGAGUCAAAUGCAGAGCAUGAUCACUUCGGAUAUCAUAAUGCUCGGGAUACAUCUCGAUCUUUAUCUUCAUCAACUCACUCAGGGUCAGCGUCUCUUCAGUUAUCUUCUUCCGUUCAUGGAAGCCACUGCCCUAGUGGCACCCAUCUUCAUGAGAGAUCGAUGCUGCUAGCAGAUGAAGGUGAUCCUGAAAGUACUCAUCCUCCUAUAGGAGAAAGUAACCCAAAGACACCUACAUGUGAAUGCGAAUGCCAUAAUCAUUUUUCAGCUGUGAAUAGCAUCCCUGGUUCCGAAGAGGAUGAGCAUAUUCAUUCCGUGUAUACGAUGGGCAUUCAAACAGCCUUUCUUAUAUGUCUUCAUAAAAUUCCCGAAGGCUUCAUAACUUAUUUGGCUUCGACUGUUGAUACGGGAUUUAUUGUAUUUGUUGCUAUGACGAUCCACAAUAUGGUCGAAGGAUUUACGGUGGCUUACCCUCUUUAUCUUGCUUGGAAAUCUCGUAAAAAGGCAUUUCUAACUGCAGCUGCCCUAAGUAGCUUAAGUCUUCCAACAGGUGCAUUUAUUGCUUUUCUUUUAGUUCGUAUUGGAGCCUCUGGGUCAUUCGACUUGCUAAAUUUGGUUUACGGAUUCAUAUUUGCUAGUACUGCAGGGAUGAUGUUAAUAUUGUCCCUUCGAGUCAUUUUCCCAGAAGCUUUACGACAUGAUCAUUCUCAAAACAAGAAACAUUCUGUUUUGUGUUUCAUUCUUGGAAUUUUGGGUACGCUAUGUCUGGAAGUGGUCCACGAAAGUUAACGUUUCUUUCCUCUUAUUAAAAUCGGUUCUUGUUCUGUUUUCUAUGUCUAGUUGAGAUCGUUCACUCAUUUUUGUAUAACUCACACUAUAAGUUUGUAUUUUUUUAUUUAUGCUACCGUCGGUGGUUGAUGGUUUUAGUUUCUAGUUUACUAGAUACUCUAUUCUUUCAUGUCACGGAGCAAACAAUUAUAUUUAUUCAUUUAUUUGAUGUACUCAGCACUAAGCCUUUUCACUUUGAAUCCCCUUCAUUGAUUACGGGCUCUCUUUUGCCGAAUAUAUUGUGGUUUUACAGUUUGAAUUAUGACAUUAAUUUAUAUGCUGAAAAUCUUAUAAUAUUCUUUGUUGUAUCCAUCAUCUUUUUCUUUUCUUUUUUUUUCCUUAAAAACAAUUUUGUAUGCUGAGAUAACAUUUAAAUUGCUACUACGGUCAUUCCGAAAGAAGCGUUUUAUAGAUUAUCUGAUGGAGUUAAUUCUAUGGGCUCUUUAUUGAAGAUUAUAGUUAUUCAAUGAUUUUUAUUCAUCUUGUACGCUUUCAAAUGCUUAG